AUGGGCUCUGCUCCUGUAUCCGAGCUGCCGGCGCUCAAGACCAACCCCAAGUACAUCUUUUUCACCGACUUCGAUGGUACUAUCACACUGCAGGACAGCAAUGAUUUCAUGACCGACAACAUCGGUUUUGGUGCAGCGCUGCGCAAGAAGGGCAACGAGGAUGUGCUCAAUGGCAAGCGUGACUUUAGGGACAGCUUCCAGGAGAUGAUGGACAGCAUAACCGCGCCGUACAAUCAGUGUAUCGACCUUCUGCUGAAGAACAUCCAGCUCGACCCAGGGUUCAAGGAGUUCCACGCCUAUGCAAAGGCGAACAACAUCCCCAUUGUUGUCCUCAGCGGCGGGAUGACGCCCAUCAUCAGGGGGCUGUUGGGACACCUCCUCGGUGAGGAGGCCGCCAGCGAGCUUCAGAUCGUGAGCAACGACGUGAAGGCCCGGCCGGGCAAGAACAUCAACGAGGAGAGAGGAUGGGAGAUUGUGUUCCACGACGACAGCGGCUUCGGGCACGACAAGUCCCUGGAGAUCCGCAAGUACUCGAGCCUGCCCGCGGGCCAGCGACCGUACCUUUUCUACGCCGGCGAUGGUGUCUCGGAUCUUUCUGCUGCCAAGGAGACUGACCUGAUGUUUGUGAAGGCCGGGCGAGACCUCGUCGUGUAUUGCGAGAAGGAAGACGUCCCCCACACCACCUUCACAAGCUUCUCUGACAUUUUGGCCGAUGUCCAGAACGUUGUUUCCGGAAAGGCAUUGAAAGCGUCCAAGGCGCUCCUGGCCCACAUCAAGAAGACCGCCGUGGAGAGUGCAUCCAGCUCCAAGAAAAAGAACCUCCUCGAUGCUGCCGAUGCCGACGAGAGCCUGUCUGUGGCCGAGACGCCAGUCUGGCUGACCGUCACUACCAAGCGACACAUCCACGACUCCAAGGCUCUGAAGCCCAACAAGAUCUACCUUCCUCACCCUCUGCAUACCGAUACCGAGUCGACCAUUUGUCUGAUAGUGGCUGAUCCUCAGCGGCACUACAAGAAUGUUGUCGCAUCCGAAGACUUCCCCGAGGAGCUCCGGAAGCGUAUCACCAGGGUCAUCGACUACAAGCACUUGACUGCGAAGGUCAAGCAGUACGAGGCCCAGCGCAAACUGCUGGCCGAGCACGACAUCUUCCUCGCGGAUGACCGUAUUAUCAACCGGCUACCAAAGGCGAUCAACGUCUUCUACAAGUCGACCACCAAGCGGCCGAUCCCAGUUGUCUUCCAGGGCAAGAAGCCCAAGAAACAGGGCAAGCGUGUGAAGAGGGACCCAGACGAAGUCAACUGUCGCUCUGCUUCAGAGGUUGCUGCCGAGAUCCAGAAAGCGAUUGGUGCUGCCCUUGUAAACCUGUCCCCCUCGACCAAUACUGCCGUCAAAGUAGGCUAUGCGGGCAUGCAACCGAAGGCACUGUCGGAAAACAUCAUCAAGGUUGCAAAUGAGAUGGCCACCAAAUUUGUGCCCAAGAAGAAGAAUGGCAUAAAGAGUAUGUUUGUCAAGGGGCCUGAGACUGUGGCGCUGCCAAUCUGGCAGGAUGAGGAGCUCUGGGUGGACGCAGAGACCGACGUCGUCCCUGAUGGGUCUGAGCAGGCAAGGGCAAUUGAGGCCCGAAAGGAGCAAGCUAAUGUUGGGAAGAAGCGAAAGUCAAUAGACGGGACCUCGGACGACGAGCCCAAGGCCAAGAAGGCGAAGAAAGCAGCAGUGGCUGACGGCAACGACGACAAACUUGACAAGCAUAUUGCCGAGCGCAAAUCGAAGCUUAGACAUGCCAAGAAGAAGGCCACUUCAGCUAUGGAAGAUUAA